AUGGAUGUAUCGUGGGACGCGGAUAAUUUUGAGCCUAAACUGCCGACCACGUUGACUAGUUCAAAUAAAUGGGAAGGCGAGGACGAGGAAGAAACUGUGAAGGAAAGUUGGGAAGACGAGGAAGAAGAGAAGAAAGAUGAAGAGAAAACGGAGCUUCCCCCGCCUCCACCUAAGCCUAAAAAGAGAAUUCAUGAUAAAAUAGCUGAAAAAGAGCGUCUGGAACGCGAGAAGGCUGAACGUGCUGCGUCAGAAAAAGCGCCCGAGGAGAUGACUCCAGAACAGAAGCUGGCCUACAAACUGCAACAGCAGAAAUUACAGGAGGAGUCAGACCUCAGGCUCGCCAUGGAAACUUUUGGCGUGACAGAAGUUAGCACUGGCAAGAUAGACAAUUUUAACCCAACCACAAAGGCUGAAUUCAAUGAAUUUACUGAGAUGCUGACAAAAAAGAUAAAUCUAUAUAAGAGUAAAGAAGAGUUUCCAGCCUUUGUUGAUGAUCUUGUCAGGAAUAUUGUUGUUCAAAUGCAUUCAGCAGACAUUAAAAGGAUAAAAUUGACAGUGGACAAUCUAUACAUUGAGAAACAAAAAUCUGAAAAGAAUGAUAAGUCAAAGAAGCCAACCAAGGGCAAAGGCAAGGCAAAAUUAAAAGUUGAAGGGGAUAAUGCUCAUCUCAACCAAUAUGACACAUACGGCAAUUUCGACGAUGACUAUAACGAUUUCAUGUAA